CUUUUUCCGGGCUGCCGCUCCAAAAAAUUCUCCCGUUCGACGUCGAAUGGCGACUGAUGGCGACGCCCGCAAACGGACCCGAGCCCGAUCGAACCGACGUUGGGAGCCGAGCGUGAAAACUCCGAGGGAUCUCGAUUGGCUGAGAGGAAAACUCGGGCGAAGCGUUCUCGCGGGGCCGAGAUGUGUCGAGUGGCGUAAGUCGAGGACAGCCGAGGGUCCGAGCGUACGAGCGUACGAGCCAGGAAUGCGAUCCGUCGAGUGAGGAGCCACCGAGGAAAACGACGGGCUGUCCCCGAUCCAGGAUGUUCCACCACGAGUACGAGAAGCGCCUGUUGAAGCCGUGCAACGAGAGUCACCAGGAGGCAGCGGGCAACGGGGUCGCGGGCUCGCCCGCGUACUUCUCUCCCACGAAGAUGAGUAACAACAGUUUCGACCGGUUCAUCCCCACUCGGUCGGGGAACAACUGGCAGACCACGUUCUCCAUGAUAUCCGAGGGUGGCCGCGGGGGACCGGUGGCCAAGAAGACCAGGGAAAACGGAGAGGGCAGUCGAGAUGGCAUAGCGUACUCGUGCCUGUUGAAGAACGAGCUCCUCGGUGCAGGCAUCGAGGAUGCCAAAGGUCAGUGCGAGGAGCGCAGAAUACUCUCCCCUCUGACGGGGAAGAACCUCUUCAAGUACGCCACUCCUACCAAGGAUCGUACUCUGCUGGGCCAGAGUUCUCCGUACUCGCUGUCCCCGCUCAGUGCCAAGAGCCAGAAGCUCCUGCGCUCGCCACGGAAAGCCACCAGGAAGAUAUCAAGAAUACCGUUCAAGGUAUUGGACGCCCCGGAACUGCAGGACGACUUUUACUUGAACCUCGUCGACUGGUCCUCCCAGAAUGUCCUCAGCGUGGGAUUGGGAAGCUGCGUGUAUUUGUGGUCAGCCUGCACGAGUCAGGUGACGCGACUCUGCGACCUCUCCGGAGACGGAAACAGCGUCACUUCGGUGGCAUGGAACGAGAGAGGUAACCUCGUGGCGGUCGGCACGCAUCUCGGAUACAUCCAGGUGUGGGACGUGGCAGCGAGUAAGCAGGUGGGUAAGCUCCAGGGGCACAGCGCCAGGGUCGGCGCCCUCGCGUGGAACGGAGAGGUGCUCUCCUCGGGCAGUCGAGAUCGGCUGAUCCUGCAACGUGACGUCAGGACUCCCGGCGUCGUGGGAGAGCGAAGACUGGGCGCCCACCGUCAAGAGGUCUGCGGACUCAAGUGGUCUCCGGACAAUCAGUACUUGGCCUCGGGGGGCAACGACAAUCGGCUGUACGUGUGGAACUUGCACUCGUCGUCACCGGUCCAGACUUACACGGAACAUUUGGCAGCUGUCAAGGCCAUCGCCUGGUCGCCUCAUCACCACGGACUGCUGGCCUCCGGGGGAGGCACGGCUGAUCGUUGCAUCCGGUUCUGGAACACCCUGACAGGGCAGCCCAUGCAGUGCGUCGACACUGCAUCCCAAGUGUGCAACCUCGCCUGGAGCAAGCACAGCUCCGAGCUGGUCAGCACCCACGGAUACUCGCAGAACCAGAUACUCGUCUGGAAGUACCCGAGCCUCACCCAGGUGGCCAAGCUCACCGGGCACUCGUACAGAGUCCUGUACUUGGCGAUGUCGCCCGACGGGGAGGCCAUAGUCACCGGAGCAGGCGACGAGACCUUGCGCUUUUGGAACGUCUUUAGCAAGGCUCGCAGUCAGAAAGAGAACAAGUCUGUGCUCAAUUUGUUUACCAGCAUUCGGUAAAGUAGGGGUGCGAGGAAGAUUUUAUGCAAUGUACAUACGUACGUACGAAUAUAUGUAUACAUAUACAUAUAUAGUGGAAGAGAUAAUCGUAUCACGCGGCGGUUGAUAGCUACGUAUAGUCCUCAUAUGCAUACAUAUACACCCCCGAGCAAGCCUAUACUUACGUAGCGGAGCCCGCGCACCCGCGCGCACGUACACGAGGGUACGAACUUCUUGGACGAAGUCGAUAAAGUCUAGGGACACGGUGGAUGUUCUCCGACCCUCUCGGUGUCGCGGGCUUUCGCGAACGGGUACGCGCAUCUCCGCGCUCUGGCACCGAAAGGGUCAAAGGUUUUUCGUUAAACCGCCGCAUACGUCGACGAGGACCGCACCGUCGGCUGGCGCCGCUUCUCGCGGAACCUAGAGCGUAAUUACUUAAUCGAGAGCUCGACUCGAUCGCGUUGCGCUGCGUUAAUCGCCAAGCCGGAACGACGACGUGUCUUUGAAAGUCAGCUGACGUGUACAAAUUAACGGCGAAGACGAUUCGGAAAGCGCGUCGACUAUUUAUAAAUACUAUAUAUUGAGAAGUAAUCUAAUAUAUUGUACGUCGUUCCACGUCGCGAAGGGACGGCGAAAG